CAGCGCGGAGGAGACGGCGCGUUUAUCACGGCGCCAUGAACGCCUUCAUGUUCGACUUCCUCUGGCACGGAAAGUUCUGGACUAUUGAUGCUGCAAGGGACGAUGGCAGUCUUGGAAGACUGGUUAAUGAUGACCACAUUAACCCCAACUGUAAAAUGAAGAGACUCAUCGUGGAGGGAAGGCCACAUUUGUGCCUGUUUGCUUUAAGAGACAUCACACCUGGAGAGGAGAUUACGUAUAAUUAUGGAGAUGGUGAUUGUCCGUGGAGGAGUGAAGUGAUAAAAAGUGGAAUGGAAGCGGACAACAAUCAUCUGGAGUCAGAAGGUGCCUCUGGAGAUGAUCAGCACUGCAUCAAGCCUUCGCAGCACAAAUCUGCUUUUGGCGUCCAGAUGAAAAAAAAUGCCGGCAGUAAUCGUCUGGAGUCAGAGGUUGCCUCUGAAGACGAUCAGCAUCGCACUCAGCAUUCACAGCUUGAGUCUACUUUCUGUAGCGAGAUGACAAAAAAUGGAAUGGAAAAAGACAGUAAUCGUCUGGAGUCAGAGGUUGCAUCUAGAGACGAUCAGCAUUGCACUCAGCAUUCACAGCUUGAGUCUACUUUCCUCAACCAGAUGACAAAAAAUGGAAUGGAAAAAGACAGUAAUCGUCUGGAGUCAGAGGUUGCCUCUGGAGACGAUCAGCACUGCACUCAGCAUUCACAGCUUGAGUCUACUUUCCUCAACCAGAUGACAAAAAAUGGAAUGGAAAAAGACAGUAAUCGUCUGGAGUCAGAGGUUGCCUCUGGAGACGAUCAGCACUGCACUCAGCAUUCACAGCUUGAGUCUACUUUCCUCAACCAGAUGACAAAAAAUGGAAUGGAAAAAGACAGUAAUCAUCUGGAGUCAGAGGUUGCAUCUAGAGACGAUCAGCAUUGCACUCAGCAUUCACAGCUUGAGUCUACUUUCCUCAACCAGAUGACAAAAAAUGGAAUGGAAAAGACAGUAAUCGUCUGGAGUCAGAGGUUGCAUCUAGAGACGAUCAGCAUUGCACACAGCAUUCACAGCUUGAGUCUACUUUCCCCAACCAGAUGACAAAAAAUGGAAUGGAAAAAGACAGUAAUCAUCUGGAGUCAGAGGUUGCAUCUAGAGACGAUCAGCAUUGCACUCAGCAUUCACAGCUUGAGUCUACUUUCCUCAACCAGAUGACAAAAAAUGGAAUGGAAAAGACAGUAAUCGUCUGGAGUCAGAGGUUGCAUCUAGAGACGAUCAGCAUUGCACACAGCAUUCACAGCUUGAGUCUACUUUCCCCAACCAGGUGACAACAAUUGUAAUGCAAGAACAUAGUCAUCAUCUGGAAUCUGAUCUUACUUGUGGAGAUGCUCAGCAGCAGAGGUCUGCAUUCUUAGUUCAGAUCCUGGAGCAGAACCGGACUUACACAGCAAGCUCAGGAGACCUUGGCUGAGCAAGUCAUAGAACCAACCAGUACCACAUCAGUUCCCAAAGGUGUAAAGAUGGUUAAGAGAAAGAAAUGGGAGACCAGUGAAGUGAAAGCAGUUGAAAAACAUCUGAACAGGUUCAUUAAAACUUGCACAGUGCCAAGAAAAAAGAUUGAGUCCUGUAUAAAAGUUGACCCUGCUGCAUUCAAAGACCGACAUUGGUUAACGGUAAAGUUCUUUGUAAAGAACAGAAUCACUGCAUUUUAAAGGAAAAUGUAAACCAGAGCAAAUGUCAUUUGCAGUCUUUGUUUUUUUCUGUUCAUUGAUAAAGUGCUAAAAAAAGUUUUAUUUCAUUUUUCAGUUUAUUUUGUCA